AGAUAAGCAAUGAUAAAGGAGUUUGUAUUUUUUCGUAGGAGGUUCAGACGUCAGGAAGUAUUGAAGAUAUAAUAAGGAAGUAUGUGUUUUACAUAGGAGGUUCCUACAGUAAUAAGCUGGCGGAAGACCAGCUGUUUUGAUAUACAUUCGAACAGGAAGUUAUUUUGCUGUCGUGACUGUAAUCAUGGCGGAAGGAUGGCCUGAACAUAUAGAAAAUAUCAACAAGAAUUGUAUCAGUGGACUUCAGGAAUAUGCUGCCAAGAGAGGUUUAGAGGUUCGAUAUGAAACGUAUCCUAGUCAGGGAGGAUUUGGAUGUAAAGUGUAUUUUGAAAAGUUGAUUGCAAGUGGAACAGGAAAUAGGAAAAAAGAAGCAGAGGAGGCGAAAGCGGACCGGGCUCUCCGGUCCCUUUACAAAAACAGUGGAACAAAUCAGCCGCAGUUUAAUCAGCCACCAUCGAACUCUCCCCCAGAAAUCAUAUAUAGCAGGCAGAGCGCGUCUGCUAGUGAUUCUGAUGGGGCAGAAACUGAUGCACAUAGUUCGACUCUUAGCGACGUGACGGUUCUAAGAUAUGCACCUGUUAGUAGAUCUGAAAGUGAUCGAAGUUCAUUAGUGUCAGCAUGGGAUGAAGUUGUUCAGAGAAGCAAUUCCAAUUAUGUCCCCACGGUAUCCGGAGGUAAACAUCCCGUCAGUGCAUUCGUGGAAUACGCACACGCGAAUGGAGAAGUUGGAAGAUUUAAAGAAGAAUUUAAAUGUGGUCCUUCUCAUUGCCCAACGUUUACUGUGCGGGCUUACAUGGGUAAACGAAUAUUAGCCGCAGGAACAGGCAGCAGUAAAAAAAAGGCGAGGGUAGUAGCUGCUAAGGCGUCUCUUAAUAUGUUGGCAUCAAGGCCCUCACUCAGGACUUUGACGUACCAAGGGUUCUCGCUUGCACCUUUACCACCUGUAAUCGACAAGAACGCUGGGAUAUGUCCAGCUGGUGCUGACCCGAUCAGCAUCCUCGAUGAGUUUGCGCAGAACAAGGAUUUAGAAUUGACGUUUCCGGAUCCGGAUGUUUCCGGAGCAGAUCAUGGAAGAAUAGCGUCAGCCAGCACAAUUAAAGAGGCAAACAGAGAGGCAUCCCGAAACGCAUUAAGACAUUUAAAACAGAUGAAAUUUUGCCAGUUUACAUCCGGGUUAUCUGCGUUCUCGAUAAGCGAGCCUUUGAUGGUCCAUGAUAUAAUAGCUAAGCUCUGUCACGCGAAGUUUGACACUGUGGUUGCAGACAUACCCGAGAACCUUGUCGGUCGUAAAGUGAUAGCGGGCAUCGUCAUGGAAACAAAAACUACGAAGACGUUUGACGUCAUCAGUAUAGCCUCCGGGACCCGCUUUAUAAAAGGGGCUGCACUGACGACAGAUGGGCAUGUGCUGGUAGACUCACACGCUGAAAUCCUUGCUGCUCGUGGAAUGCGAAAGUUCCUUUAUUACCACUUAACAAAACUCAGCAAAGGGGAAAAGUCCACCGUCCUCCAAAGAAUCGAGGGGGAACAGGCUGAGUUAGCUCCAGAUAUCCAGUUUCAUCUGUAUAUAUCCACCGCACCAUGUGGAGACGGAGCAAUAUUUACGCACAGUUCUGGCCAGUCAGAAGAAGAACAUGAUGACAGUCACAAGCCUAUAUUUGCUAAAAAUAAACAAGGGCUGCUGAGGACAAAAUUGGAGCAAAGUGAAGGGAUGCCUCCGACUAAAAAGGUUCGCGAAAGUCACCAGUACCAAGACAUGAACAAUGUGAGGCGUGGAGAACGGUUGCGUGUCAUGUCUUGUAGUGACAAGAUCUGCAAGUGGAACCUGUUAGGAAUGCAGGGGGCGCUACUGGCUACACAGAUGAAACCUGUGUAUUUCAGCUCCAUAACCCUAGGAACUUUCUACAACCACGGACACAUAGCUCGAGCAAUGUGCUGCAGACUAGAAAAGGGCUGCCGAGUUCCAUCAUUACCAGAUGGUUAUAAGGUUAACCAUCCAUUACUUGGCGCUGUCUCCCGAAAGAAGAACCCACGACGAAGCGUCGAGAAAUCAAAGAAACUUUGCAUUAACUGGAACAGUGCGGACGAAUGCGCUGAACUGACUAAUGGAACAACAGGCGUACCAAACAUCAGCAGCGGAUUUGCAAAACAUAAGGGUUACUCAAGAUUGUGUAAACAAGGGAUGUUGCGGUCCUAUGAAAACAUAUGUAGGAGUGCAGGCUUGUUGGAACUUGUCAAAGACGAUUAUUUGGAAACUAAAAAUGUAUCUAAACGAUACCAGCGUUGCAAAAAAAGCCCUAUAUGAAUCCUUGCACAACCAAGAGUAUGGGACGUGGGUAGGACUGCCGAGAGAAUGCCAGCAAUUCUCAACACCUUCUGUUCGUCUUGUAUACCCAUAGCGACAAGGGGAAAUCUUACUCAUUGUCAACAAGCUAAACAAUGGCUCAUAUCCUUUAACGAUUUCUACAUGGAUACUUGUGUUCUAAUGAUUGGGGAUUCCAAUACAAACAUACGAUAUAAAAAAAACAUAGAUAUAUUACAAUGAAAUCAUUAUCAACAUCACUGAAACAAUCAUUAUGUUUAUAUAUUACAAAAAAGUACAAAAAGUACAUAAUGUUUGUAAGUAUGGCAUUUGACAAUUUUUUUUCCAUUUCAGAAAGCUCAUUUUCUCAUGAGCACCCGAACUCACGAAAAACGUUCAAAGUCACAUUUAAUCAACGUUUUUGCUUUAUCUAUUUAUUGUUCCAUCGAUAUAAAUACAUUCAGAUGCUUUACUAGAAACGGAUUUGAAGACAUUUUCAUGAUAAAUAAAUAAGUAUGUAAAACAAUAUUUAUAGAUUUUCUUCCGCAAAUAUCAAAGUAGGCCGAACUGAUGGUCAAAGCUUAAACUGAAUAGUUUCGGAGUCUGAGUGACGUAUAAACAUUAAAAAAAACAACCAUACAAUGUGAUUUUUUUAACGUGUGAUACAUUUGAUAACAUGUUCAAGUAUAUAUGAAAAUCGAACUUAUUUUAUGUAAAAAUAAUCCACACUAACGAUAGUCAACAUUUUAGUUUGGGCCAGGACCGAACCCCUUGAUAAUGCCGAAUUUUUCAGAGGUAAGCCUAAAAUCAAAUUUGCCCCAGCCGUUAUCUUUCAUGUUUAGCUGGUUGAGACUGUUAAACUGGAUACGCCAAAGCGACCUAAAUAAUAAACAUUUUUAUAACAAAAAAAGUUUUAUCAUGAAGUUCAGUUUGUUCGUAUACAAUGACGUGUUUAAGGAAAACUCAGUUGAUAUGUACUUGCCUACUACCUCCUUCACAUUUAUAUAAUUACGACAGAGCUAAUUGAACUCAUUAAGUAUAUAUUAUAUUAUAAAGUAUUCCCUUCAAUAAACGUUAUUUCAUUUCAAACUGAUAUCAGGCCAGCACAAUUAAAAAUUCAUCAUUUUCAUACAGUUUGCUGCAUGCAUGUCCUAGAUUUCUGUAUAAAGAAUUUAUGCUUACUGUAUAUUUUGAUAGUGAUAACUUACAUUUUUUUCCCUAUAUUUUUACCAUGUUUUUGUCCCUAAUGUCGCAGUAUAAUAUCCAUAACAACGCAAUUUUGAUAUCCUAACUGAAACAAUAUCGUGUAUACAAGUUGAUUUAUCUAUUUGAUACAUGUGUGCUACUAUUUUACACUUACAUCCAAACCCGGACAAGCGUUGUUUAGUAUCAGGUGUUCUUGUACCCUUUUAAUUUAUACCUGUUAAUAAAGUAAACAUACGCAAAAAUGUUAGUUUCCUUUUAUGAAAUAUAGUUGCGAUUUAUGUAAGAGUUAUUUCCCUUGAAUAAUUUAUUUCUUGUGUAACUUUCGUAUCGCUCUGGGCUCUAGCCGAAAUCAGUGAUAUUUAAAGUAUCAACACAAACUUCUGUCUUUUUAUAAUGUCCCUCAAACGGAGUGGGGGACAUAUUGUGUUUCUUCUUCUUCUUCUUCUUCUUAUUUUGUUAUUAUUAUUCUUUUUUCUUCCGUAGUGAAAUUGUCCAACCAUUUUCUCGAAAACCGCAAGUCAUAUCUUGAUGAACCUCGCAUGAUUAAUAAUGGCCAUAUGUAGUUUUGCACAAUACAAAAUCUGUACAUGAACAAUUCCUUUUGUGAAGUUAAAUUAUGUGUACAAUCAAAAGAAUAUUCCCCUUAUCUGAUAGUUGGUUAUGAAUUUAUCGAACUACUUACUCAUAAUCUCCUACAAACUACAUCAAAAUGUUGUAUAUUUGUUAAAUUUAAUUCCUUGUAUGUCAUGUUUAUCUAACAACGAUUGUAUAAAGUACAUGUCAUUGUGUAAGGUAUGUUUACUUAUUAAUAGUUUACAGUUUAACGGUAUUUUUGCUACUAUUUACGUUUUUGCUUCUCAUCCCCGGAGCUGAAAUCGAAUGCAUCAUGAUCGAAAUAUAGAGAUUACGAUUGGGGCAUUUAAUAUACCAAUGGAGGAUAGACACACAUACAGUACAUUGACAAAUAUGACCGAGACAUUCUAUUUAACCUUGUAGUGUCUCGGUAAAGCUGUUUUUAGGAAUGUUUGUUAGUUGUUCCAAAUGCAGUGUCAGCUUAAAAGGGGUAUUCGAAAGACAUGAACAUAUAUGAAAUCUAAACAAGUCAAUAAAACUAUAUAUCAUUUACAUUCAACAUUAUUGAGGUUUGGUAAUAUAUGUAAACAAAAAUCGUGUCGAUUUUCAAAUAAAUAAUUAUUCUAAACUCUCUGGUAGUGACAUGGUUUUCAGUUAUUCUACUUCCUCCAUUGCAUUCAAUUUUAUUAUCUGUAUUCAUUUUGACAGAAAUAAAAUAGCCUCUUAAAGCGAAAUAGAGAAAGACAACCAUGCAACUGGUUGGACAGGUGACCCAAAUAUUUUUACGUCAGAUCGAGGAAUCGAAGCGUUACCGUCUUUGUGAAAGGCGAGUGCACUAUCCACUGCGCCACCUGACCACCACAUCGCCUGCGCCACCUGAACCCGACAUUAACUGCGCCAGUCGACAAACCAACCACUGUUUGACUGUUACAAAAUAUUUCUGUUGAUAUAUCUUAUUAUAACAUUAUUUUUAUAAGCAAGGUGGUAAAAUAGACAUGGCUAAACGGAAUAUUUUUUAGCCUGGGUUUCUAGCACGUUUACACCUUCGAGACAAAUGUACCUUAUAUUUCAGAAUGCAUUUUGAGAAGAUCGGGCAUGCGCACUUGGUAUUUCGUUAAUAUUAAAUGCCUUGAAAAAAGAUAUGAUGUACAUUUUAAACAUUGACUGUUGUCCCCGAUCAUGAUAAUCUUGGAUUAUCCGCUGUUACAUGCAAUGCAGUAUAUCCCUCUAGGUAGUAAAGAUUGCCGUGUGUAAAUCACCCAGUGUAUCGUUCUCUAAAAGAUGGGGGAAACUUCGAUAUAAUACUCCUCGUUCUAUGUGCUACCUAGCUUACCGGUAAGACAACCUAAAUUCCUCCACAACCAUCUGUAUUUGCGGGAAAAUACGUAACGAUUAUUCAUUUACAAACCGUACCGGCAGAGAGAUUAUGAGACAAACGUCCUUGUAACAGGGAACUAUAUGGCCGUAGCAAAGUCUACAUUUUUUAGAUUUAAUUUUAAACGUAUAUUUCUUUAACAGUUUUCAUAUAUUGCUACCAUGUGGUCAUAUUCAUGUUAGAAUGUAAUCUACUUUGUAUUUCUUUGUCAUUCAAAGCACCUUUGUUAAUGCCUAUAACAUAAAAAAAUCAAAAAUUGCCAAGCUCAUUAGCAACAGCCGGAAUGAUACGUGUAGCAAAUCCUAUUUUUUUUUCAAAUCAAGAUCUUCUGUCAAUUUUAAAGAUAAUAAAUGCGUGUUCAACAUGCUGGUAUGUAAAUUAAAUGAUUAAGAAUAUGCAAAGUGGAACUAUUUGUUACCUAACUGUGUAUUUCAUCACCACUGACAAUGCGAAAACGGCUGUUCAAUUAAUGUUGUUUUCAGGACGGUGCAUUUUUUUACGUGAAAAAGGCUAUUUUUCUUCAUUUCAAAUAGUAAAGGUGAAUGUAAUAGAGCGUAAAGGUUUGAAAUGAAUCUUUUUAACAUCUAUGAGGGUAUGCAAAACAUUUGCGUUUAAAUAUAUGCCAUGAUGUGCGUUUAAUGAAAUCAAUAGGAACACUCUCAUAAACAUAUGUUAUAAAUAGACAUAUUAGAUCUGUUUAGAAUGAUGUUAAUAUAAUUGUUUUGUUUGUACUUCUCGUCCAACUUUCGAGUGACUGAUCUAUAUUUACAUGUUAAAUCUAUUAAUGCGACAGAAGAGGUUAAACAGAAAUAAAUUUCAAAAAGUGUAGUAUUAAUGUACAAAAUCAACAUAAAAAUAAAGAAGAUAAGGUGGAAAUAGCUACAUUUCCCAAAUUUAGUUUUAAAUGUAGAAAAUAAAAUUUGUAACAGUUGGAAGUGACUG